AUGGCUUUGAGGUUGGUAAAUGGAGGGAGACGAUGUGCUGGUCGUGUGGAAGUCUUCUAUAAUGGACAGUGGGGGACAGUGUGUGAUGAUAGCUGGGAUCUCAAGGAUGCACUGGUUGUAUGUCAGCAACUAGGCUGUGGAACUGCUGUCACAUCCCAUCCCAAUGCAUUUUUUGGCCAAGGCCAAGGACCAAUCAUGAUGGAUGAUGUGGCCUGUAGAGGUGACGAAUAUUCUUUAUGGCAAUGCCCCCACCCAGGAAUGAAAAAACACAACUGUGGACAUCAUGAAGAUGCUGGGGUCACCUGUUCAGUGAAAAAAAUGGUUACAUUGUCUGAUGAAUCAGCAAAAAUUACCUUUUAUAUUUCAGUAAGCUGCGGAGCCAUUUUUACAAAUUUAAAUGGAAAUAUCUCUAUGGAGUUUAAUGUUUCUACUGCCUCUGAUUCCUGUGUUUGGUACAUUAGUGUUCCCAACAAUUACAGAAUUCACCUCAACUUUAAUACAUUCUUGUUGAAGAAUUCCAUGUCAUGUCAUUCUUCUUUAUUGUCGGUUUAUGAUGGAAGUCCGCGUGGAUCACCUUUACUUGGACAACUAUGCAAUACAAGCACCAGAAAUUUCAGUUCGUCAUCAAACAGCUUAAGCAUAAUUUACUCCAGGAUUAAUGGAGGGCCAAGCUUGGAUUUCUCUGCUUCAUAUUAUGCUGACACGCCUAGCAACCAAAAUAUCGUUCUCUCAUGCUAUUCAGACUACAUGGAUGUGCGGAUAUCUCUUAGGUAUCUUCAAUCUCUGGGACAUAGUAUAAAUAAUAUUUAUCUAAAUGAUCCUGCAUGCCGCCCUCGGGUGAUGUCAGAAUGGCUGGAGUUUCACAUCCCCUAUCAGAGAUGUUUAACAAUGAUGCAGGUGGAAAAUGACACUUUCAGUUAUACCAACACCAUGUCCACCUACUCAUCGGACACUGAAGUCAUUUACAGAAAUAGAUUAAGUCGAACCCUGAAGUGUCGGAUUUAUCAAGAUGCCAUAGUGGAAGGCAUGUAUUUUGCUGGUGAUACGAUAAAGAACACAUCCAUUCAGUAUGGCCUUUACUCUGCCAACCUGACAUUUUUUCAGUCUUCAAGUUUCAUAUAUCCAGUGAACCGUUAUCCAUUUUAUGUGAAGCUGAAUCAGAAUUUGUUCCUGCAAGCCACCUUAAACACGUCCAAUCCUGAUCUGAAGCUGUUUGUUGAGACAUGUGUGUCAUCUCCUAACAAGUUUGACUUUACAAGAAAUGUUUAUUUCAUCAUUCGCAAUGGGUGCAGCAGAGUUCCUGGUUAUACAAUGUAUCGCUCCUCGUCAAACAACACAGUUCGUUUUGGAUUCAGUGCCUUCAGCUUUCAGAAACAUUCAUCUGUGUACAUUCAGUGCAAGCUCGUUAUCUGUAAGAAUGGUAGUGAACACUCCCGCUGCAAUCAAGGUUGUUUACCAAGACGCAAGAGAGCAGCUGAACCGCUCCACCACCAGGAAGUGUUUGUUGUAGCAGGACCUGUAAAGCUCAAACAUCUCUCAAAAUAGUGCAUUCAAAAGAUUUUACCACCUCAUUAUCUUCUGUCUUUUAGUAAUUUUACCUUGAUUUACAUAACAUUUUGUGUAAUCUUUUCUUUCAAUGCAAUUCUUAGGCUUGU